UCCGUAGAUCAGGAUAGUGAUAGAGAAGCUUGGCUCUCAUCAAGGCUUCCAACCGUCCUCUAUCUAUCGCUUCCAAUUGCUUCCGCUCCAAAAAGCACUCGACUAAAGGUCCAGCUGAAACCCUCCACCUCAGAUCAUGACCACUACCAUCUGCACCCGCUUCACUGAGGAAUUCCAGAUGUUUGAGGAACUGGGCAAGGGAGCUUUUUCAGUGGUGCGGCGGUGCCUGAAGGUCCUCUCAGGCCAAGAGUAUGCUGCUAAGAUCAUCAACACCAAGAAGCUAUCUGCCAGGGAUCACCAGAAGCUGGACAGAGAGGCCAGGAUCUGCCGACUGCUGAAGCACUCCAAUAUCGUGCGUCUCCAUGACAGCAUCUCGGAGGAAGGGCAUCACUACCUGAUCUUUGACCUAGUGACGGGCGGCGAACUCUUCGAAGACAUUGUUGCUCGAGAGUACUACAGUGAGGCUGACGCCAGUCAUUGUAUUCAGCAGAUUCUGGAGGCAGUGCUUCAUUGUCAUCAGAUGGGAGUUGUUCACAGAGACCUCAAGCCCGAGAACCUUCUGCUGGCCUCCAAGUCCAAGGGAGCUGCAGUGAAGCUGGCAGACUUUGGCCUGGCCAUCGAGGUGGAGGGGGAACAACAAGCCUGGUUCGGCUUUGCAGGGACACCUGGUUACCUGUCUCCUGAGGUCCUGAGGAAGGACCCAUAUGGCAAAGCUGUGGACCUGUGGGCUUGUGGUGUAAUCCUGUACAUCCUACUGGUAGGAUAUCCUCCUUUCUGGGAUGAGGACCAGCACAGACUGUACCAGCAGAUCAAGGCUGGGGCCUACGAUUUCCCCUCGCCAGAGUGGGACACUGUUACUCCAGAGGCCAAGGAUCUGAUCAACAAGAUGUUGACCAUCAACCCUGCCAAGCGCAUCACAGCCUCGGAGGUUCUCAAACAUCCCUGGAUCUCACAUCGCUCCACUGUGGCCUCCUGCAUGCACAGACAGGAGACGGUGGAGUGCCUGAAAAAGUUCAACGCCAGAAGGAAACUCAAGGGUGCCAUUCUCACCACCAUGUUGGCGACUCGUAACUUCUCAGGAGGUAACAAGGCCAACAAGAAGACUGAUGGUGUGAAGAAAAGGAAGUCCAGUUCCAGCGUCCAGCUGAUGGAAUCCUCUGAAAGCACCAACACCACUAUUGAGGACGAAGACACCAGAGUGAGGAAACAGGAGAUCAUCAAGGUAACAGAGCAGCUCAUAGAAGCCAUCAGCAAUGGAGACUUUGAGAGCUACACUAAAAUGUGUGACCCCAGUGUGACAGCGUUUGAGCCAGAAGCUCUGGGUAAUCUGGUGGAAGGCCUGGACUUCCAUCGCUUCUACUUUGAGAACUUGUGGUCUAAGAACAGUAAGCCUGUCCACACCACCAUCCUGAACCCCCACAUCCACCUUAUCGGGGAGGAAGCUGCCUGCAUCGCCUAUAUCCGCAUCACCCAGUACAUCGACACCAACGGCAUGCCCCGCACCGCCCAGUCUGAGGAGACACGCAUCUGGCACCGCCGUGACGGCAAGUGGCAGAUAGUCCACUUCCACCGCUCUGGAUCACCCUCCGCCAUCACCAAGUAAGCCAGUGUGGUCAGGCAAUCUCUCGUCUUCCCCUCUGACCCCAGCUGAGCUCUAGAGCAGGAGGGUUUGAGUGAGACGUCUGUCUGAGUGACACCGGUGGGUUACCAGCCGGCUUCAUGGGGACACAGAGGGACUCCCACUGACCGGCCUGAGGAACCACGAGCCCGCCCGCCCGCACGCCACAUCUCAUCUCUUUACUUGAAAUCAGUUUAUGUCUCCUCUCAUAUCCGUCACAAGCAAAUCACAUCACAGGCUCACACUAUGUCACGCUCUCAUGUAUGUAUUGUUUAUGCUGUGUGUGUCAGGAACAUUUUAGCCUUGUUAUGCUGUCUCUCUGCUCGUUCUUCUCUGACCUUCUUGGUUCUUGUCAUACUACAGUACUUGGCAGAGUCACAAUUAGUACAAAUGGAUCUAUGAGUAGGAUUCAAUCUGUAAAAUAUAGCCGAGGUAAGUAGGGAUACUGAGUGUGCUGAUUUUUUAUAAUCCCCACAAAAUUUGUGAACUAGGCCUUUAUUACUCCUGUUUGCAGAGCAGAGAAAUCCCCCUCCCCUCAAUAAAAAUGAUCCUCAGCCACACCCCUCACCCCCCUAAACAUCUUCCCCCGGCUCUAAAGCGCUCGCAGUAAUCGGCACCUACAGUUUUCCUUACACUUAAAUGUUUUUAUUCAACAAUGCUCCCUCAACAAUGCUCCCUCAACAAUGCUCCCUCAACAAUGCUCCCUUAACAAUGCUCCCUCAACAAUGCUCCCUCAACAAUGCUCCCUCAACAAUGCUCCCUCAACAAUGCAGUAUAUUAAUAUUUAAUAAUAACAUUAAAAGUCCAGUCAGAAAUAACAAGUGAUAGUAAUAGUAAGAUAAAUAUGUACAUAAUAGAACAUAAUACUGUACGUAGGAGAGCAUCAUAGCACUUCUUUAGGUUCUUCCAAUGAGGACUGAGGGUAUAUACCAUAUAUCUUCCUCACUUUUUAUUGUUGUCAAUACAAACCCCCUCUCGCUUGUUUAGAGCAGUUGAAUUUACUUGCAGCGGACAGUGUAAACUACAGUAUUCUGCCUACUUCAGAGUAAGAAGCAAUUUAAAAAGACCAUUAACACUGCCCCAGGAUUUUCUGCAAUAAGUUAGAUUGGUGUUUUUAUACUAAAUAGCGUGUUCUUCUGAUAAAUAUUUGUUGUGGAUUUAAAAAUGACAAUUCAUUUUAGAGACUUUGUUUUAUUGAUGUCCCAUUCCCUCUAUUCCGUCACUCUCCAGUGUUAAUAUCACUGUUUAUUGCAUGCAAGUAUAUACAUGAGCUUUGGAUCUCUCUGCUUGUGUUUCUAUUUCUCAAAUCUGUCAAAUGUGAUAUUUCAGAUGUACUCUCAGAGAUGUAUAAAUACUUGUAUCUUUUUACUGUUCGAAGAAUGUCAAAACGGGACAAAAAAGAACAUGACAUUGCCUCUUAACUGCAGUAUGUGUUUCCCUGUGUGUUAACAAUAAAUGCCUCACAGAAUAUUUGAUUGUGCGUUGAAAAACUGCCAGAUAUGAAUUUGAUUGAAACAAAACGUGUUUACUAUUGGCAGUUCAACACAGAUUUAUAUCAAACUUUGUACUGUAAAGCAAUUUGUGAAAAAUAUGCUGAAUACGACAAACAAAUGUUUUCCUAAAAAAUAUUUGAUAGAAAAGGAUAAAAGAAGAACCACAACAGCCAAAUCCUCUAGAACUGAUUGUACAGAUUGUAUACUUGUUUUAUACAGUAGUUUAGUAUUUUAGUUUGAAUGGCCAGGCCUACAGCCUACUGCUUUAAAACAGCAUAAGAACUUCCAUCACACUGCUGCUCUGAUGUUGCUGUUUCUGUCCUGGCACCAUUGAACGGAGCACAUUGAGGACCUUAUGGUACUGUAUAGGAGCACAUUGAGGACCUUAUGGUACUGUAUAGGAGCACAUUGAGGACCUUAUGGUACUGUAUAGGAGCACAUUGAGGACCUUAUGGUACUGUAUAGGAGCACAUUGAGGACCUUAUGGUACUGUAUAGGAGCACAUUGAGGACCUUAUGGUACUGUAUAGGAGCACAUUGAGGACCUUAUGGUACUGUAUAGGAGCACAUUGAGGACCUUAUGGUACUGUAUAGGAGCACAUUGAGGACCUUAUGGUACUGUAUAGGAGCACAUUGAGGACCUUAUGGUACUGUAUAGGAGCACAUUGAGGACCUUAUGGUACUGUAUAGGAGCACAUUGAGGACCUUAUGGUACUGUAUAGGAGCACAUUGAGGACCUUAUGGUACUGUAUAGGAGCACAUUGAGGACCUUAUGGUACUGUAUAGGAGCACAUUGAGGACCUUAUGGUACUGUAUAGGAGCACAUUGAGGACCUUAUGGUACUGUAUAGGAGCACAUUGAGGACCUUAUGGUACUGUAUAGGAGCACAUUGAGGACCUUAUGGUACUGUAUAGGAGCACAUUGAGGACCUUAUGGUACUGUAUAGGAGCACAUUGAGGACCUUAUGGUACUGUAUAGGAGCACAUUGAGGACCUUAUGGUACUGUAUAGGAGCACAUUGAGGACCUUAUGGUACUGUAUAGGAGCACAUUGAGGACCUUAUGGUACUGUAUAGGAGCACAUUGAGGACCUUAUGGUACUGUAUAGGAGCACAUUGAGGACCUUAUGGUACUGUAUAGGAGCACAUUGAGGACCUUAUGGUACUGUAUAGGAGCACAUUGAGGACCUUAUGGUACUGUAUAGGAGCACAUUGAGGACCUUAUGGUACUGUAUAGGAGCACAUUGAGGACCUUAUGGUACUGUAUAGGAGCACAUUGAGGACCUUAUGGUACUGUAUAGGAGCACAUUGAGGACCUUAUGGUACUGUAUAGGAGCACAUUGAGGACCUUAUGGUACUGUAUAGGAGCACAUUGAGGACCUUAUGGUACUGUAUAGGAGCACAUUGAGGACCUUAUGGUACUGUAUAGGAGCACAUUGAGGACCUUAUGGUACUGUAUAGGAGCACAUUGAGGACCUUAUGGUACUGUAUAGGAGCACAUUGAGGACCUUAUGGUACUGUAUAGGAGCACAUUGAGGACCUUAUGGUACUGUAUAGGAGCACAUUGAGGACCUUAUGGUACUGUAUAGGAGUUGUUGUAGGAUUUAUGUUAUUCUGGAUAUGAGACGCUUUCUUUAUAUUAUUCUGGAUAUGAGACGCUUUCUUUAUAUUAUUCUGGAUAUGUGACGCUUUCUUUAUAUUAUUCUGGAUAUGAGAUGCUUUCUUUAUAUUAUUCUGGAUAUGUGGCUCUUUAUUUCUUUAUGUUAUUCUGGAUAUGUGAAGCGUUCUUUUUAUUCUAGACAUUUUAUUAUUCUGGAUAUAUGCUUUCUUUCCUUUGAAGCAUGCGAGUUUGUAAUGUGCUCGAAGUUAGUGUGUCUGUUUUUGAAAAUUAUUUUCUGAAGGGUCAAAGUCAUCAUUUGCAAUUGUUAUGUAAUAUAUUGUGAAUGUGGGUCUGUAAAUAAAAACAUUAUAAUGAUAAGGUA